AUGGAUCCUGGGGCUGUAAUUACGCAAAUUAAUAUAAUACAAAAUGCAUUAGGUGUUAUUGCGACGUAUUUGGCUCUCACUGCAUACCUUUUUCCAAAGCAAGCAAACAUCUUCAAUGACCAGGAGUUCGAUUUUAUCAUAGUGGGUGCAGGGUCAGCCGGUAGCGUACUGGCAGACCGGCUGACUGAAUGUGGAAAUUUCAGAGUUUUGCUUCUAGAGGCUGGUGAUGAUCCACCUCUAGAGUCCCUUACGCCAAGUCUUUUCCCGUACCUACCACGAACAAAAUUUGAUUACAAUUAUACAUCGAGAAACGACCACCGAACAUACCAAAGUCAUAAAAUCGGCGCCCUUAACUUGACGAGCGGUCGAGGACUGGGGGGUAGCAGCAGUGUUAAUUACAUGGCAUAUGUCCGUGGUUGCCCAGACGACUACAACCAUUGGGCCCGAGCAACGCAAGACUCCACUUGGAACUCAAGUGAAGUGUUUCCGUACUUCCUUAAAAGUGAGAAGAUCGAAAGCCCUGAAAUUUUGUGGUCCUCUUAUAAAGGAUACCACGGCACCGAUGGCUUUUUAAAGGUCACAAGAGAGAACAGGCCAGAAAUUAAUAAAUAUUUAAAGAGUUUCGAAGAAAUAGGUAAACCUUUAGUGUUUGAUAUUAAUGGUCCUUCAAAUUUAGGUUAUACGCCUUUGCUUGUCACUAUAGCGGACGGUUUCCGACAGUCAACGGCGCUUACCAACCUAGCGAAUAAAGAUCGUUCAAAUCUUUUUGUAAGGAAAAACAGUUUUGUCACCAGAAUUGUAAUCGACGAAGACAAUAUAGCUCGAGGAGUCGAAUUCGAAACCGAAGAUAAGAAAACCAUUAGAGCGUGGGCGCGACGUGAAGUUAUCGUGUCCGCCGGAACGAUGAAUUCCCCGCGCCUGCUCAUGCUCUCCGGUAUAGGUCCCGAGAAACACUUGGGAAAAUUCAACAUCAAUGUGAAAAAAAACCUUCCAGUCGGCUACAAUUUCCAUGACCAUACAAUUUCUUUGAUUUCCAUUAAGACUGAAGAGUCAUCAGGGUCCAGCCCGGCGCCUGAUCCACACACUCUCCCCUUUCCAGUUUUUACUGGAUUCAUUGCACUAAACGACUCGCAGACGUGUCCAGAAUAUCAGACUCUAAUAUUCGUAGUUCCGAAUGAUUCGGAAGCACCGCUGCAGCUCUGCUCGUUUAAUCUUGGCUUCGAGGACUACAUUUGUCAAAAUAUCUUUCAAGCCGGUAAAGGGCGAAACACCCUGUACGUAAACCUCAGUUUGUUGCAUCCUAAGUCUAGGGGACGCGUUAAGUUGCGUAGUUCCAACCCUCACGACCCCCCAGUGGUCGAGCCCGAGACCUUUUCAAACAUUCAGGACCUCCAUGAUCUCGCUAAGUACGUCGCUGAUUUUGCAAAAAUAGUUAAUUCUACAUAUUUUAGAAGUAUUAACGCAGAGUUCGUGGACUUGGUAAGUCCAAUGUGUAAGGAGUGGGAAUUUGGAAGUCAGCAAUACUGGCGCUGCUACGUGCUGAAUACGAUGACAACGCUGUGGCACUACGUUGGUACUUGCGCCAUGGGCACGGUGGUGGACAGUCAGCUACGGGUGUACGGUGUGCGUAGGCUACGUGUGGUGGACGCAAGUGUAAUGCCAAGGAUUGUGGGGGGAAACACCAACGUACCCGUCAUUAUGAUUGCCGAGAAGGCUGCAGACUUCAUUAAACGACAACAUUCUCGUCACAAUGUUAAAUCGGAAAGCUGGAAAUCAAUUUUUUAUGGAAUUUGA